CAGUCUCAGACUGCAAGUGGCAGUAUGAUCGUGUUUGGUAGUGGCAAGGAACAACCCGCCUGUGGCAUCUCGCUCCGCCCCUGUGGCGAAGAGAUCUUGGAGGAAAGUCACGGAUGGCGAGUCAGUGACAAGCGUUGUGGAGUCUCCGACGCCCACUCGGCCCCAAACCCGAGAGCU